CAUACUGUUUUCGGGCUGCUCGAACUUCAGGAUCGUUGGGGUCUCCUCGGGGAGGUCCCCUGAACUGAGUCUUGCUUUGCUUUUCGAAAAAUUUAUUCUUCUUUUUCUCGUCGGUCCCCGCCUUAGAAGACUUCGGGUUAAAGUUAAAAUCGGGGACCGACAUGGCUUCUUCAGCUAUAAUGUGUUGCUGAGCUCGGGCAAGAAAUUCUUGAAAAGUGUUUGGCUUAUUUUGACACAGUGUCCAGCGGAAAAUCGAAUUCGGUUUCAAUCCGGCAAUAGCCAUGACAAGCAGGGUUUCAGGAUGACAAGGUUCCAUGUUUUGGACUCGGUCGUUAAAUCGAGCAAUAUAGUCCUUGACACUUUCAUCAUCUUUUUGAGUUAC